AUGGCAGACGACGUGGACCAGCAACAACCAACCAACACCGUAGAAGAGCCCUUGGAUCUCAUCAGCCUAGAUGAGCGAAUUUAUGUGAAAAUGAGAAAUGACAGAGAGCUUCGAGGCAGAUUACAUGCUUAUGAUCAGCAUUUAAAUAUGAUAUUGGGAGAUGUGGAAGAAACUGUGACUACCAUAGAAAUUGAGGAGGAAACAUACAAAGAGAUCUAUAAAUCAGCAAAAUGGAAUAUUCUGAUGCUUUUUGUCCAGGGAGAUGGUGUUGUACCAGUUGCCCCUCCAUUCACAGUCGGCUAA